AUGACGGAGCCAUUCAGACCUCGCGCCAUCAUGCGCGAAGCUCCUUACCUCAAACAAGCCGGUCUCUUCGCGCCCAAAGACUACAAACGGGGUGACCUGUUGUUCUCCGACACCGCAGUGGUUUUGGGAACCGACCUUGACCUUGACAAACGACUGAUGCGACAGCGAGAUAAGAUGAUCCCAGAAGAGUGGGACGAUCUUCUGGAGCGAUGGCUCAUGGCUGCUCGCCAACACAUACCCACAAUGCGCUGGUUUGUCGAGGAAGGUACCAUGGAGGGCAUGAACUAUCCCAACCCAUCAGACAACAUCCUGGAUCGAGAGGCAUAUUCGACCUUCGUCACUGAUGCUGAAUAUCUUCUGCUUGUGGGCAAAGAGGUGGACGGUCACCAGUGGACCUGGGAAGAAGAGCUGGAGCUCAGACACUUGAGACGAGUAAUCGAAGACAGUAUUCCUGUCACUGUUGACUACCUGGGUGGACUUUCAUGGGCAGUCAGCACCCUCACCGGUCUCAUCAACCACGCGUGCCAUCCGAACGCCUAUAUGGAGCUGAUCGAAGAAGGCACAGAGGGCUAUGGCGUUGCCACAGUCACGAUAAAAGUGUUUGCCGUGAAAGAUAUCAAGGAAGGUGAAGAAAUCACAAGAUCAUACCAGGGCCCCAGGGGCUGUGUUGCACAUUGUCUUGAUAAACUCCGGCACCAGCGUGGGUUCCAUUGCAAAUGCAAUUCUUGUGAACGGGCCAAAGAGGACGUGGGUUAUCGUAUCCUGAGGAACGAUGUGUACGACCUCAAAACCCAGCUGGAGACACAACCACCGCAAAUGGCAGGGCACCGCCUACGAGAUGUCGGUCUCUUACUAGAUGGAUAUUCGCUGCUUGACAUCAGCCACGAGGUGGAGUUCCGGGUGUAUAUAGAAGAGGCGAAGACGGCUGCUCUCCUCGGAGACACAAUCCGCGCCCACUAUUUCACCACGAGACAAUUGCACUGGUUAGGCCAUUGCGCGCAUCGCCCGAUGGCGAUGAGCGCAGUCAGGGUGCUAAGUAACAUCCAGAGGAACAGACGCUUGGACAGUGCCAUCGACUUAGGACAGUCUGUGUGGGACUACUAUGAAAUGUCACAAGAGAAUCUGGAGGAGGUGAUUUUCUCGAUGGCCCCUGGAAGAAGUUCCGAUACUAAGUAUCGCCUAUUGCAAGUCGUUGACGGAGUGGUGGAGGAGGUUCCAGACGAAACGGUCAACAAGAUGGAAGCGGAGAAGAGAGAAAUGCAUGAGCGGCAGCUAGAGGAAAGACGCCUGGCAGAAGAAAAGGAACGCCAGGAUCUGCAACACAGAGUACAGGCCCAGACAAUGACUCUUGAGGAGCUUACCCAGAGCAUCGAAGGUGCACCACAAGGUCCAAGCAAGAAGAAAAAGAAGUCAAAGAAGAAGGCCAAGAAGGGUCCUGAUACAACAAACGAGGAGAGCGAACCUUUGGUCGAUGAUACCGCUACAACUGAAAGCCUCAAUCAAAUCCCGGUUGGAAAAAGCGCAGUGCAGAAUUUAGACGACAGCACAAAGGCCAUUGAGAAGAAAGAUGUCAAUGAGCAUGAUCAGCAAAAGAUCAAAACAGAUGCAAAAUCCUCUUCUCCCCCCACAGCAACCCCUAGUCCUGCUGAAAAGGCAAAUGGAUUGACCGGCAUGUCUUUGGAUGCAGGAUCAGGAAAAUCCAACCACGAUGAGAAAAGCGAUCUAGCGAGAGUCAACAAGUGGACAAACACAACUGAGAGGUCAAUGUUGACUGAAACGAACGCGACACCCGACCCUGACCUUACGACGACCCCGGAUACACUCACCCAGACACAUACUUGGACCGAUACUGACGAAGACAGCCUGACUAUGCCUCGUUACGAUCAGCACACGAAAACAGACACGGUGGAUGAUGUAGCAAACGACAAUAGCUGGACGACAGUCACAACUCGCAAGAAGACCACAGAAGAGCGAGGACUUCCACCACGAACUUCUUCGAAUUUGCAGAAUAAGGCAAUUGGUCCCCGUCAAGCGCCUGUUACGACUAGUGGUCGUCGUCAACCGCAGACAUUGUCCAACUGGCAAGACCAGACUACUACUACCGCUGUUGCUGCUACUGCUGUUGACCAUCGCACAGAUCAAACUUCCUCAAGCUGGCAAGCUCGAAUUGAUGACCUUCUCCAAGGACCAAGUGCUCCCCAUCGUCGUCGCCAAGGCCAGACUGCUUCAAGCUCGCAAGACGAGACUGUAACCAAGUCUCAACAGGCACCUGUUACCGCUGCCAAUCGUCUUGCCAAGACCGAAAUCCCUCCUGGCCCCUUCAUUGGCCCUAAGGAGGAUUCGACACAGGCCAAGCCUGUGUUGAAUAAAAAGCGAAAUGACCGUCGGGCAAAGAAAGCCCUCAAGCAAAAAGUCUCCAAAUUGGAGCAAGAGGUGGAAGAAUUGAAAUCAAGAAAUCAAUUCUUGGAGACCGUCGCUGGGAUUGUGGCCGAGGAGGACCACAUCCGCACCACCCAGCCCUUCAAGUCCCCAUUCGGGGCAAAAGAUGGCACUUCCAAGUCGGAGUGGCUGGCCUCAAAGGCCAACAAGAGGAGUCUUGCCAAUGACCCUCGUGACUUGGGUCACCUUCUCGCCGCCAAAGACGGCAUCAAUGCGCCCUUGUUGGGCUUCGUUCUCAAGGAACGACGGGACUCGGCGUGCGGCCGAGUCGAAGGAGACAAGGUGUUUGUGGAGCGGGGCCGGCCUCGGGGCCACACCGUCAGCAAUGACGGUUCAAAGAUGGAUUGCCUCAAGGAGGCUGAAGUUUGA